AUGAAAAUCAUUAUGCAAAAUCUGAUUGAUAGGCUUAGACCCCUUGUGUGUUUGAAAGGCUGGGAUUAUUGUGUUCUAUGGAAAUCGAGUGAAGACCAAAGGUUUAUUGAGUGGAUGGAUUGUUGUUGUUCUGGGACUGAUGGAAACACUCAGACAAAUGGAGGACAAGAGCUUCUUUUUCCAGUUUAUCCUGUCCUUCCAUGCCGGGAUAUAAUGCACCACUCACGAACCAAUUCUUGUGAUCUUCUUGCCCAGCUUCCUUCUUCCCUGCCCUUAGAAUCUGGGAUUUAUGCACAGGCAUUAAUUUCAAACCAGAUCAUUUGGUUGAACUCUGCUAAUAGAGAUUUAAGUCCUAUGGAAAGAGAUGAGACCAGGGUUUUGGUUCCAAGUGGUGGAGGGCUGAUUGAGCUGUUUGUCUCUAGAGAUGUCUCUGAAGACCAACAAGUGAUUGACUUUAUCACUGCCCAAUGCAACAUUUCACAUGAGCAAGAUAUCCUGCUUAGUGCAAGCUGCAAUGCAAGCACAAAUACAAGCUUCACCGUGGAUAUAAACAACAUGAGCAAUGACAGAAGACCAAAGGCAUUUCUUGUAGAUGAUAAUGGGGGAAAUGAUCAUCUAAACAACAAUCAUAGUUUCCAGCAGCAACCUGUUUUUCCUGCAAUGGCAUUGGAUCACAAUUCGAAUUUGCCAUGCGAUAUCUCAGUUGACCAAAUCCGCCUAUGCAGCACUUCCCCAAUGAAUUUCCUCCUAAAUAGUAACAAUAAUAAUGUCUAUAAUUUUGAUCAGGGUUCACAUGAGUCUUUGGGAGAGAUGGGGCUUCAAGCUGAUACUAAUGCACAAAACUUGCAUAAUAAUAUUCAAGUUCCUGAGGGAAUAGAAAACAUUGAGCAGCAGGUUGUGGAUGAUCAAGACUCAAUUAAACACGAGGGUGGAAGAACUGCAGAUCAUUCAGCUUCAGAUUGCAGUGAUCAGUUUGAUGAUGAUGGUGGCACGAAUUAUAGGAGAAGAACAGGAAAAAAGCCUCAGUCCAAAAACCUUGUGGCGGAGAGGAAGAGAAGGAAGAAACUUAAUGAGAGGCUCUAUCACCUCCGCUCAUUGGUUCCCAACAUUUCUAAGAUGGACAAGGCUUCCAUACUCGGGGAUGCGAUUGAGUUCGUGAAGGAGUUGCAGAGGCAAGAAAAAGAACUCCAAGAGGAGCUUGAACAGCAUUCAAAUGAUGGAGGAUCUAAGAAAAGGAAUUCCAAUAAUAUCUGUGGAAACCACACCAAUUUCCAGCCAGAAACUCUGAGUCAAAACGGAAAUACCAUUGCAAAUAAACAAGAAAAUGAUGAGCUUCCAAAUGGGUUUCAUGUGGGAACAGCAGGAGACAUUGGCAAUAUCUCUAAACAAAAAAACCAAGACUCAGAUAGUACUAAUGACAGGGGACAAGAGAUGGAGCCACAAGUAGGGGUUACUCAGUUGGAUGGAAAUGAAUUCUUUGUAUCUGUAUUCUGUGAGCACAAGCCUGGAGGGUUUGUGAGAUUGAUGGAGGCAUUGGAUUCUUUAGGCUUGGAAGUGACCAAUGCAAAUGUGACUAGCUUCAGAAGCCUUGUCUCUAACGUCUUCAAAGUAGAGAAAAAGGACACUGAAAUAGUUCAAGCUGAUCAUGUGAGGGACUCCUUGCUGGAGAUAACAAGGAAUCCAUCAUCAAAAGGGUGGCCUGAGAUGAUUGCUAAAGCAUCAGGGAAUGUCAGUCCAUUGGAUCAUUUUCAGCAUGAUCAUUACCAACAACACCAUCUCCACGAUUACCAUGCUUCUUCGUACCAGCUACAACAUCUUUAUAGUUAAUUUAGCAUAAUCUACUAAUUAAUUAUGUAUUAAGCAUUCUGAUGAGAACAACUAGCGGGACAGAUUAUGGACAUGCUCGACAUGCAUUAUGCGGUGAUUUAUGGUCUUUUGGGCCAAAUACAUGUUUGCUAGAUCAAAACUACGUUUGAAGAGUUGAGAUAAUUUUUCUAA